ACGUGUCUCAGUUCUUGCCCCUUGGUGGAUCCGCAGAAGUGCAGACGAUUUUUAAAACGAUUUUAAGGGUAAAUAUGUCGACAGAAAGCGUAUUUGACGAAGUGGACUUUCUUCAAUCGUUUCAUGCUGACCCAGUCUUAAUUUCUAAAGCAUUGGAGGAUUGUGAGAAAGAUAUUCUAACAUGUACCAGUGUCUUCACAAACAUCACAAGUCCUGUGAUAUCUCAAAGGCCUGAAGAAUUCUUUACACCAGUGAUCUUUAGAAAGCCAGCAUCAUUCCACACACCACGUAGAUUUGUUAUCCCGCAAAUUUGUGCUCCACAAAGGUUGAUCAACCUAAGUUUCAGUCAGCCAUCUACACCAAAAACACCAGCCUUGACAGGUCAUCACCAGGGAACACCAUUCAGCAUUAUUGAUAGGUCAACAUAUGAAGCUGCAAUGCUGACCACACCCAUGUUGAUCAAGACCUUGGAUAACAUACAGCAGCAGACAUGGAAAACAGACAAUAUGGCCCCCUAUCCUGAUAUCCUACAGCUUAUUGAUGAGGACAGCUUUACUAGGACAAGGCUAGAUCAACAUAUAGAUGUACGUGGUGAAACCAGUGUAACAGAUAGUAAUCUCAUGGAGUAUUUAUUGGACCUUUCACAAGAAGUAAAGCAUCAAGCAAUGUCGAGUGUGAGCGAAACGAAAGCGGGGGGACUUCCUUCGAAGGAGGCAGCACAUCAGUCUGCUCGUAAGGUUUUUCAUAGAGCACGACGGAGAACCAAGUUGAUGACAGAGGAGGAACGUCAAAGUAUUCAGAGGCUUCAGCGUGAAAAACAAAAACAGAAACGCAAGGACAAAUUUAUCAGUGCACAAAGAACUGGUUGCAGAAAGAGUAAAAGAGUUAGAAGUCAAGUGGUGAGGUAUAGCUGAGUCAUGCGUGGGAUCUUGCUGGUUGUUUGGAACGGACAUUGCCAUAUUUUGUGCAAUAGUCAUCACUGGAUGAUGACAUUGUAGAUGUAUUUUUGUUUCUCAUUAAUUCAGAUUAAGCUGUGAUACCAUUUCCCAGUCGUUUUUGUUUCCUUUUAACAAUAUAAUCCUCAGCCAUUAGCCUUCCAUAAACCACUAACUUUGACUGGUUCAUUGUGUGAGAUCUGUGAUGUGUUGAUUUAUAUGUGAAUAAACAGUCUGCAAGGCAGUA